ACCAGGAGGUCACUUGUCCUGCACGUGCUAAGAUGAAAAAGUGGUUACUGACCGUUGCUUCCCAACCACCAAAACGGUUGGGAUCCGUUGGAGGAGAAUUCAGGAGACCAAGUCUCCUCCCAUUCAAAUGCAACACCAUUCAUCAUCCCAAAUGAAACCAUGAAAGUAUUAAAACCAAAAACAUUCACCAAUUCCCACUGGAAUUCCUGAAUUCCCAAAAACAACCAUAUGUAUCAGAAGCCAUUAAUCUUUCUCCUAAACACCACCAUCACCACUUAAAUAAAACAGAACAUAAAGCUAGAGAAGAAGCUCAAUAACAAUGCAACUUAACAGAGUUCUUCUCUUCACCCUCCUGUUAAUCUCCGAUGCCUUCGCACAAGACUACGACGAUGAUGCAGCAUCGCCACCACUUCCGGCCCUCGACAACUGUGACGGUAUCUUCUUGACAUACACAUUCAUCUCAAGAGCCAAAGAGUUCCCACAUGUCAAGAAUGCAUCAGCUCAGGCUUACGCAUUCAAGUCCAUGGCCAAAAUUAUGAACACAAUGAACACUGACCUUAAGGCAUGGAAGAUGUUCAUAGGCUUUCAGCACGAUGAGAUUUUGGUUUCGGUUGACGGUGCAGUGUUGACAGAGGGCAGUGACUUCCCGGCAAAGGUCGGGAAUGGGACUUCCUUGUCGGGGUUCCCUCAAACUGAUCUCCUUAACUCCAUUGAUACUGCCGGUGAUAUCAAUCAGAUUCAGGUGAAGAUUGAUCUAACAGGGACUCAGUUUGGGGUUAAACCACCAGGUGUGCCAUUGCCCAAGACUAUCAAGCUCCAAAACGAUGGAUUCAAGUGCCCCAAUCCCACCCAGAAAGGGAGCAACAUGUAUGUGUGUUGUGUGAAGGAUCCAAAAUUCAAGAAGAAGAAGAAGGAAGAGAAAAACAAGUUCCUACCCAGGCAAUACGGUGAUCUAAACAUAGUCUACGAUGUGCUCCAAGCGUACGAGAACAACUACUUAGCUCAAGUGACAAUAGACAAUGAUAAUCCUCUUGGUCGUCUUGACAACUGGAACAUAACAUGGGAAUGGAUGCGCAACGAGUUCAUCAACACCAUGAGAGGUGCAUACACCUUCAAAAAAGACUCUUCAGACUGCAUCUACGGUGUCCAAGGUCAGUACUACAAAAACCUCGACUUCACUCCAGUCAUGAACUGCGAAAAAAAGCCGGUAAUCACCGACCUCCCACCGGAGAUGGAAAACGAUGACAAACUCGGCAAACUACCAUUUUGCUGCAAAAACGGCACACUUUUACCACCAACCAUGAAUGAAACCAAAUCACACGCCAUAUUCCAACUCCAAGUCUUCAAAAUGCCUCCAGACUUAAACAGAACAGCACUAUUCCCACCUCAACACUGGAAAAUCAACGGCUUUCUUAAUCCACAGUACACAUGCGGACCUCCAAAGAGAGUCAGCCCUUCAACAUUCCCUGACCCAAGUGGCCUCAUGGCGAGCACAUACGCAGUAGCAAGUUGGCAGGUGGUUUGCAACAUAACUAGACCCAAACUCAAAAGCUCACGUUGCUGCGUCUCUUUCUCAGCAUUCUACAACGACUCCAUCGUGCCAUGCAACACAUGCGCGUGUGGUUGUGACGAGGACGCAACAUGCGACACAAACGCUCCGCCAUUGCUCCUCCCUUCCGAAGCUCUCCUCGUCCCGUUCCAGAACCGCACAGCCAAAGCCAAAGCUUGGGCUAAGCUCAAGCACAGAGACAUACCCAAACGUCUACCAUGCGGUGACAACUGCGGCGUUAGCAUUAACUGGCAUGUGUCCUCUGAUUACCGCAAAGGUUGGACAGCAAGGAUCACAAUAUUCAACUGGGCUGAUUACACGUUCAAAGAUUGGUUUACUUCUGUGAGAAUGGACAAGGCUUUUGAUGGAUUUGAGAAAGUUUACUCUUUUAAUGGCACUAAGUUACCGAAGCUUAAGAAUACUGUGUUUUUUCAAGGAUUGAUUGGGUUGAACUAUUUGAUGCCAAUAUCUGAUGGGAAGAAUCCGGAUGUUGAUCCCAGAGUGCCUGGAAAAGUUCAGUCAGUGAUGUCUUUCUCUAAGAAGCAUACACCGGAUAUUGAUGUCAUUCAUGGGGAUGGGUUUCCAACAAGGGUGUAUUUUAAUGGUGAGGAGUGUUCUCUUCCCACUGAGAUGCCUUCUGGAGAUGGACGGAGAUAUAUGGUUAGUGUUUUGUGUCUGGUUUUGAUUGCAGUGAUGGUGGUGUUUGUUUUGAUAGGAAUGUGA